AGCCUAUGAAUCAUCAAUCAUCAAUUGUGUCAAUAAUGUCUACCGUGGGAUUCAACAUUGCCAUCGAAACUACAAGGUCCACCAAAGCGACCUUGCGCAAUAUUUACCUCAAUAAAUUUGCAUAAGUAGGCGUUACUCGUCGGCAGUUUAAGACAGGGCUGAUUUCUAUUGAAGAAAAAUGGCAUCAACAGAACCAGUCAAACCUGUUCGAGUGAUCCUGUGGAUGGUGCCUCGGACAUUGUCUACAGUCUUUCUCAAGUCAAUGAGCAACUUGGAUCGAGUCAAGAUCAUUAGUGAGCCUUUUACCUGUGCAUCUGCUUUUGGGCCUGAACGAAAACUCCAAGGGGCUGCGGCGGAGGUGGCCGACAGUGUCACUAAACGUAGUUCAAGCGCCGAUGUAGAAAUGGGCUUGGAUCACAAUCUGUAUACUUACAAAUGGGUAAAGGAGUCACUCCUGGAAGGUAACUAUCCAGGUGUAGAGGCUGUGGUUUGUAAAGAUACGGCUAUAAGUCUCCCUAAAGAAAAAUACGAUAUGAUUCCAAGUGGCUACAGACACGCGUUUAUGAUACGGCAUCCAAACAAGCUUUUUAAAUCAUGGAACAAGAUGUUCGAAGGAGUUACCCAGGCUGGUGAAAGUAAACUGCCAUUUUCGACACUGCUGAAAGCAACAGGAGCAACAGGUUACGGCUUUAAGGAGCUGUUCGACUUAUACGAGUACGUAAAAGAAAGUGGUUUAGAGAAGAAUCCAAUCAUUAUCGACUCAGAUGACCUACAAAUUGACCCAGAAGGUGUUCUUCGCAAAUUUUGCAAAACUACAGGCCUUCAGUAUACAGAUAAACUUUUGAAAUUCGACGCUGGUGAUGGAGUCGUAAAGCAAUGGGCAGCGUCAAAAAUCCAGCUCCAAGCCAACAAGGCUGUUUACGGUGUUUAUCAGGCUGCAUUCGAUAGCACUUGCUUUAAGAAGCCGGACAACAUGGAACCACCUCCAAGAUCUGAGUUUUCAGAAGAUUUGUUAGAAUGCAUUGACACGUCAAUGCCAUAUUAUGAAAAACUAUACGCUGAACGGCUAGUCGUUUAGAUAAAUGAUUGGCGAUAUUGGUUAUAGGCCUUUAAAGAUUAUCAAUAAAACGGUUUAUUACAUUGUCUUGACAUUUUUCAAAAGUAGGCAUGGCUCAUAUUCUAUAUGAGUUAUGAAGACCUCCGUUGAUGUUUCAAAGCACUUAUUUUGCAAAGUGCUGUAUAGAAUUGCGAUUACAUACAAUUAUUACAGCAAACCUACGUACUUAUGUUCGAUGAUUAAGCAAAAGACUAAGUACUAAGCCGGGUACUCACCGCGAUUCUAUGAAGAACGCACGCCACGACGCACGCACAACGGAUCGUUUUUAAUGACGAUCCGUUCAGCCUCCUGCCGAUGGCAAUCAGCAGACGGCAUCGCGUUGUCUAUACUAUCGCUCACAGGGAGUGGAGUUGGAUUCGUCGGCCGACGCAACGAGUGCCAGGUUUAAGUGUCCGAACUCCAAUUGUUAAAAAAUACAUCAGUUUAGAUCUAUCAGAGCACCAAGCCCCGGAAUAUCUAGAUUUGCUGCAUUUAUUCUAGUAUUUUAAUAGAGUACUGGCAGAGCUUAUUACGUCACCGCAUAGACAACAAUGUGCGACACUAUUAUUUUAGAACAUAAUUAUAAAGAGAUCAGAAUUAUAAAAAUUAUGUUAGCGUUGGAACAAUGAUUCAAUAGAGUGAUAUUAUUUGACUACCUGUAAUGCCACUAAUAACAAGUGACAUGGACUGGUAGCCACUAAUAAUGAUAUUAGUGAUUACCUGCACAUCAUGUGACUAAUAGCCUAUUAUUAGUAGUACCGAAAACUUGUUAAUAAAUUGAGAUAGUCUCGAA